AUGUACAAGAUGGAUUACUCGUACCUCAACACCUACGACUCGUGCAUGGCGGCCAUGGAGGCGUCGGCAUACGCGGACUUCAGCUCGUGCAGUCAGUCCAACGGCUUCCAGUACAACCCGAUCCGGACCAGCUUCGGCCCGAGCGCCACCUGUCCGCCGCUUACUUCCGCGAGCUGCACGCUCGGCGCCCUACGGGACCACCAACCCGCCCCGUACUCCACAGUGCCAUAUAAGUUCUUCUCGGAUCCGUCCGGUUUAAACGAGAAACGGAAGCAGCGGCGAAUCCGCACGACCUUCACGAGCUCUCAGCUGAAGGAGCUCGAGCGCGUGUUCGCCGAGACCCACUACCCGGACAUCUACACGCGCGAAGAGCUAGCGCUCAAGAUCGACCUCACCGAAGCCCGUGUACAGGUGUGGUUUCAGAACCGGAGGGCCAAGUUCCGUAAGCAGGAGCGUGCCGCCAACUCGAAGGGUUCCGGUGGCGUGGGCGGGUCCAGCAGCAAGAAGAGCAGCGCUGGUUCCGGCUCGGGAGAAGCCCGGUCCUCGUCGGAGGACGACGAGUCGAAGGAGUCCUCGUGCAGCCCCACGCCCGACAGCACGGCCUCCCUGCCACAAGGGGGCGCCAGUCUCAGCCCCAGCCCCGGACCACCCGGAGCCCCGCAGACCCUCAAGCCCGCCCCCGUCAGCUGGCCCCCGCUCAGCCCCGCCCACACCAUAAGCCCCGCCCACACCAUUGGCUCCGCCUCUCACACCAUAAGCUCCUCCCAUGCCAUUAGCCCCGCCUCCCAGGGCCCGGAGCUGCUGAAGGCGUGGGGGGGUGAGGGGGCAGGGUUAGGGGUGGGGCCAUUUGCAGGCGUUCUCUCAUCCUUCCAGAGGAAACCCAACGCCUUGAAGGCCAACAUGUUUUAG